AUGAUUUCUCAAAAACAAAAUGUACAAACGGAUGGAUCCAUCCUUGCAACGCGUGACAAAAAAAGUGGGAAAUUUAGAGGGAGUCUCAAAUUUGUCUCCUCUUUACUGCUGCCACUCGCAUUAGGCGUCUUUACUGUUGUGAUUACUUUUCAACAGCAGAGUGCAGCUAAACAGCAACGUGAUGACGAUCGAGAGGCAGCUGAACAGCAACGUAUCAAUGAUCGAAAUGCAUCUCAACAGCAGCGGGACCAAGAAAAACAAGAAGCGGGACUACUGCGUAUACAAGAAAAGGAUCUAGAUAAGCAAAGAUAUGAAAACGGCCGUUUCGACACUUAUAUUCAGCAAAUGGGUAAGCUGUUAGAGAAAUACCAUGGAUCAAUAAAAUCAAGCGGAGUUGCAGCAACGCUUGCUCGAGUUAAGACCCUGAAUAUCUUUCGUCAACUGGAUGCACACAAGAAUAUUCGCAUUAUUCGAUUUCUCUACGAAGCGAAACAACUCACUGAUACACCGGAAAAUCGUUCACUCGAUCUUUCAACAGCAGAACUUAGUGAUAUUGAUUUCCGUGAAGCAUCGAUCAAUAAAAAGAUAUUGAAUAACUUAUCAUUGACCGAUGUUUUCCUAUCGAACGCUACGUUUAUAGGCAUCACCAUGACACAUGUUAAUUUUGCUUUUACUCAGUUCAACACGGCUAAUUUUUUAUUAGCAGAGAUCAAUGAUGCCAAUUUUUCAUCUGCUGGCUUCAGUAAUAUUAGCUUUGUAUCCACUUCUUUUUCUAAUACCAUUUUCGCUGAAGCAACAUUUAAAAAUGUUAAUUUUUCAUCUAAAAAUAUUCGUGGUGUCAAUUUUAACCGUAGUACCCUCGUCCAUGUCGAUUUCUCAUUCUCUGUGCUUUAUGAUGCUGAUUUUUCAUCCGCUUCGCUUACUAAUGUCAAUUUUUCACACACACAGCUCAUUAAUGCCAAGUUUCCAUCUGCGACCCUCAACGGUGUUGAUUUUUCAUCGGCUGAGCUUUACAAGCCCGACUUUUCAAAUGCUCAUCAGCUCACGAAUCUCAAUUUUACAUCCACUAAUCUAAUUUUAGCCGAUUUCUUUCAUGCCAACGUAUCUAAUACGAAUUUUCGCCAAUCCAGUUGUGUUGCAUCUAAAUUCAAUUAUGCUUCACUAUCUUAUUGUAACUUUUGGUAUUCAAAUCUUAAGUAUGCUGUAUUUCACGAAGCUUAUUUGAAUCAAGUUAAUUUUUAUCGUGCCAACCUUUAUGAGAGUGAUUUUACUGGUACCAAUAUUACGGAGAAAGAACUGAAAGAUGCUCUCUCUAUUGAAGAUGCUGCACUAUUAAAUGGAACAACUGCUCAUGAUGAGAACUUGAUCAACGAGGGUCAAGCUGACUGUAAUAUUUCUUAUAUUAGUGGUUGGACACUGAGCAAUGGUAAUGUCACUCCGGUCAUAUCUAACAAGAGUAAUUCAAAUUGUCAGUUCACCUUACAGUCACUCUCUACUGGAGCUACUAUGUACCAACGUGUCAAUUUAUCAGAUAAGUGGGAUUCAAAUUUUUGGGCACAUUCUGAAGCCGUACUAAGCGCAAAAAUGAGUACCGGUGUAUCGAUAGAGUUAAGAGGAAUCAAAGAGAACAAUAUAGUAUUCUCUAUGGAAAUUUUAAUUAAUAUUCCUGCUAAUGCUAACUGGACACAACAAGGUGUGCCUCUUGCUGGAGGCCACGGGAGCGGCAAUGGCGCCAAUCAGCUCUACUGGCCUCAUGGUAUCUUCGUUGAUGAUGAUCAAACAGUGGUUAUUGUUGACCACGCGAAUAAUCGUAUCAUCCAAUGGAAGAACGGUCAUACAACGAAUGGACAAAUUGUUGCUGGUGGCAAAGGCCUAGGAAAUAGAUGCAAUCAAUUAGAUCAUCCAACUGAUGUAUUAAUUGACGAAGAGACGGAUAGUCUCAUUAUUUGCGAUCGGGGGAAUAAACGGGUUGUGCGAUGGUCUCGUUGUAGUGGUACAACACAAGGUGAAAUACUCAUCGACAACAUCGAUUGUUUUGGAAUAGCCAUGGAUGAACAGAGAUAUCUCUACGUCUCUGAUGUCGGGAAUCGGGAAGUAAGACGAUAUCAAUUGGGUGAGAAGAAUGGUACUCUUGUAGCUGGUGGAAAUGGCAAAGGUACUAAACUCAACCAACUCUACGAUCCUUAUUAUCUCUUUGUUGAUCGACAGAAGAAUGUCUACGUGUCAGACAAUCACAAUCAUCGUGUAAUGAAAUGGACUAAAGAUGCAAAAGAAGGUAUUAUUGUUGCUGGAGAAAAAGGCAUGGGGAAUGCUUCGACACAUUUGUCGUAUCCUAAUGGACUCUUCGUUGACACGUUGGGUACACUCUAUGUAGCAGACUCGUCGAAUAAUCGUGUAAUGCGUUGGACUCAAGGAGACAAGAAACAAGGCACUGUAGUUGUGGGUGGAAAUGGUGAAGGAGCAGGAGCAAAUCAGUUCAAGAUCCCCAGUGGCUUGUCUUUCGAUCGAUAUGGUAAUCUCUAUGUCGCUGAUCAAUAUAAUAAUCGUGUUCAACGAUUUUCUAUCGAAUAA